AUGUCACUGAUGGAAUGUGAUCGUUUCGCGAAUCUCUCACCCUCACGAGUCAGUAUACUUUUCAUUGCUUUUUAAAUCAUAAAACAGCUUGUUCCGCAUGGACAAAGACGAUUGUUCGUAGAGAGACUCAAAGAAAAGUACAUUUUCGCUGUUAGUCUGCAUUCUAGGACAGUUGCUCAAUGGUUUAUCAUUAAACAUUUUGUGGAUCGAACAACAUAGUUGGCUAUAUUUCAACUGGGUGACAAUGAUAUAAUGUCUAGUAGCUAAAUGUUGACCUUUGUGACGUACGCUUUGCUGUAAACUAGAACGUCGACAUUUAUUGUCCUAAAAUACCCCAUUUUGUCGAUUGAAGAUAAUCAGGACAGGGCUACAGUCGAGCAAGGACAAGACAUCACCCUCAGCAUUUUGUUUGCAUUUGAUCUACAGCGACAUACAACAAUGUUAACCCAGAGAAAGAGAAAACGCACUGUGGAGGACUUCAACCAGUUUUGCACCUUUGUGUUGGCCUAUGCUGGAUACAUCCCCUAUCAAACAGAGGAUUGGUGGUGUAGUGACAGCAAGCCCAGUGACAGKAACCCCUGCAGCAGCAGCCACAGUACCAGUCCAUGGGCCUACCAGUCCUCUCCUAACUCAGACUGUGGCUCCUCCACUCAGAGCCAGAAGGAGAAAGGGAAGGAGGUGAAGAGGAGGAGGUCAGACAAGAAGCCUGCUGGGCCUGGCCAGGGGGAGAAGAAGCCUAGAGGAGGAAGUGCCAAAAAGUCUCCCAAUACGAAACAGGCUGCCCCUACAUCAACAGUCAGCAGAACGCCAGAGCUCCAUGAGCAGCACCAGCCCCAGUCUGAACGGACCAACUUCAACAGCUGUCCUACUGACAACAAAACACAUCCUCUGACAGCUCCGAAAAGUGACCAUYACUGUAAACUUUCCCAAUCUUCCCUGACUCAACUCUUCCCUGAAGCCACCUCCAGCAGCUCUCUGUCUGUCCACAGGAACAAGAUCAACACCGGUCAGACACACACACCAGACCCUAACGGGUCAGCUGGGAAAACGAAUGAUGCUACAACCCCUCAGAAGACAGGAAGUGAAGAACUGGAACAGGAAGUGACCGAACAUCCUGUUGACAUGACAACGACAAGCUGUGAGAUGGGGAAGAGCUGUCCUCACAGGCCGGGAGACAGGGAAAAGAAGAGAAGAAAGGAAGAGAAUGUGACGAGGGAGAGCUGGGAGGGGUCUGGGAGUGAAGGAAGGAUAGACAGUGGUCAGAGGUCAGAUAUCCUGAGGAUGGUGAUGGACAGGAGGUUGAGAGGUCAGCUAACUGAAGACCAGGAGACAGGCUACCACACAGAGGAGGGUAGCAGCCCCGACCGGGACCAUGGAGGGAGCAACUACCAGACAGACCAGGGAGGGAGCGAUGGAGAGGACACAUCUGCAGACAACAGCAAGAUGGAGGAUGAGGACGACUCGUGGGACCUGAUCACUUGUUUCUGCAUGAAACCGUUCGCGGGUCGGCCCAUGAUAGAGUGUAGUGAGUGUGGCACCUGGGUGCACCUGUCCUGCGCUAAGAUCCGCCGCACCCACGUUCCUGAAGUCUUCACCUGCCAGCCCUGCCGAGAUGCCAAGACCAACAUCAGACGSUCCAACCGGGCGCGGAUCGCCUCCCGCAAACGCUUCAGCGACUAGAGAGCACCAGUUGGUUCAUUGGCUGCGUCCCAAUUGGCGGCAGGUAGCCUAGCGGUUAAGAGCAUUGGGCCAGUAACCAAAAUGUUGCUGGUUCGAAUCCCCAAGGUGGA